CCAACCAUGAAUGUUCCUGGCUAUAUAUGCACCAGGAUGGGGGCCCCUGCACCCAUUUAAAAAUGCUAACUGCUGCGCUCCUUGUUCUCCUCCUGCUGGUUCUAGCCCUGCUGACAAGGCGGCAUGGGGGGUUCGGCUUUCCGAAGAACUCGGGGAGGCUGCCCGGGCCUCGGGCCUUGCCCUUCGUUGGCAAUCUCCUCCACCUGUUCCAUCCUGACCUUCCCAUCCACUUCCAUGACUUGGCUCGGCAAUAUGGCUCCAUCUUCCGCCUUCGCCUUGGCAGCAAAGACAUGGUGGUUCUGAAUAGCACAGAUCUGAUUCGGGAGGCGCUGCUGCGGAAAUGGUCUGAUUUUGCAGGACGGCCUCACGGAUUUGUUGCAGACCUUGUUUCGUUGGGAGGCAAGGACCUCUCCUUGGGCAACUAUACGCCGACCUGGCGUCUGCAGAGAAAAAUGGCCCACGUAGCUUUCCAGCGCUGCCUGCGAGGAAACAUGGAGCAGAUUGUCCAGAGCCAGGCUCGUCAGCUCUGCAAGCGCUUGCCAGCGGAGAAGUGA